GUUAACAUAAAUCUGGUUAACAGAAAAGAUGUUGCCAAAACGAAUCUCAAUUAUUCAUGCGAGUAUCGUUUUGUUUGCUGGAUCGAGAGUGAAGUCCAAAUUCCAGCGAACCACUCGGCUCCAAAAUUACAGAUACCGAUGGAUUACGUGGAGAAAGUGGAGUCAGAAAGUGAGACCUAUGCCGUUCGAAAUGUGAGGAAAAGUGGGAAUUUUGUCAUUAAUUGCACAAGUAAUCAACCCGUCGACUGGAGGUUUAAAGGAUCCAUUGGGAACACGUUGGUGAAAUCGGAGCGGUCAAUGACAUUUGAGGAGUACGAUGGCGACAGAGGGUUCAAGGGAGCAUGUUUUUAUAGUUCGCUAAUAUUUUCAAAAAUUGAGAAUGAAAUAUCUGGCCAGUAUUUUUGCAUCGUAAAGCCCAAACUGGAUUUAAAUCCGUACAAACAGCAGGGUUUACAACGGAAAAUUACUCUACUGUCAGGUAUUUUUUAAAUUAUAAUCAUAAAACCUAUUAAUUCUCUCGCCUUUAAUUUGACAUACACUCUCAAAAAUGUAGCGUACUUCUCGAAAAGUAAAAAUGAAUGUAACCCUAAACCGAGAAUAAGAAGGUAUUUUAAGAGUAAGUUCAGUUGCUCUAAAUCUAGUAAGCGAUCCUUCUAACUCUGAAAAAACCAUACUUGGCAAUAACUUAAAAAUGAGUCCACAUCUACCCCCAUUAAAGUUAGUAGAACUUCAUUGCGAGUAAGCCUACCGCAAUUCACCCGCCCUUCUUGAUUUGCACUUUGGACUUUAUUAGUCUAUUCCAGAUUUACACAUUUCCCUCAUUUAUUCCGGAAUUUACAUUCCUAUUUUUAAAAUUCCAAAAUGUGUGAUGCGGAGAUUCAAAGAUUGUUAACUCAACUUAAUCUUGGAAAAUACUGUCAGUUGUUUAAAGACAACAAUCUAACCGACGAUUCUUUACAACACCUUCAAAAAGAUGACCUCAUCCACGUCGUUCCAGUCCUUGGUGAUCGGAUUCUGAUAUGGAAUGGAAUAAAUAAGUUGCAGUCUGAUUCGCGCGUCGAAGACGACAAUCAAAGUUUGUUCACUUCCUCAUUGAUAAGCAACCGAGAACUUCUUGAACGAGGACUAAGAUUACCAACCGACAUUCUGCUAUCCAAAAGGGCAGAAUUAUCCUCCCCAUCAUCUUCUAUUACUCAUCAGCAACUACCUUCAAGUCAAACGAUUUUUCUUGAAGUAAUCAGAGAGAACGAACCGUUAAGCCAAAAUUCCACUGCAUCAACUUCAGAUUCCAUAGAAUUGGCCACCACUUCUGGUUCCUCAUUCACAAGACCAGUGGAAUCCAGCCCGAGCGCUCCCAUACAUGAACAUCGAUUUUAUAAUUUCGAUAUUGAUGCGGUUUUGCGAAAAAAUGAUGCAGUGAAGCAUAUACUAUUUCAGAAGAUCCCAGCCAAGAAAAUGGUGGUUAAGGAUGACCGUCAGACCAUCGCCGCAGUACUGGUGGAUGCUAUCAUUGAAAAUCUUGGAACAUGCCCAAGUAAGCAAGCAAUGGACCAAAUGGCAAAAGAUCUUGUCGGAAAAUAUCCAGCCCUAGGGGACCCCAGACGCAAGCAUCUCGGUUACCAGAUGUGGUUCAUGGGUAGCAGCGAUGGCUCCCCGGCGAGCGGAUUUUUGGAGGAAAGGCUUAAAAAUCAGCGAAAAAAAAUCUCCGAUAAAAAACUUCUGUCUACUUCAGCUACAAAGUGUAACGAAUUGGAUUUGCCCGUUUUGAAUUGGAUAUCUGAUGACGAGGAUGAUGAUCCAGAUCCGGAGGAAGGAAUUCUGGAGUAUAUUCGCCAGAAUUUUGGAACUGAUGUUGACUCGGCAAUGAAAAAUACCGUUUUUCAACGUCGCACAGUGAUACGCCGACUUAACGCGGUAAAUGUAGAUAUUCUGGAUAAUUUAGUAGUAUCCAUGCCUCGACUUUUCGAUACAGAGGGGAUGAUAACUCAAGAUUUCGAUUGCCGUCAUCCUGCACUGGCCUUCGUGAUGUACGACCGGUGGCCAAGGGUAUCUCGAAAAAUCCUGGAAUAUGCAGAAGAGAGUGGAAUCGACUACUUGAAAAAAUUCGGUGUGAUGAAGAGUCGUUAUGACCUGUCCUCCGAUGACGUUACAAUACUGGCUUAUUGCGUAUUGCCGUUUGUGCUUCCAUCGUGUGGCCGACGGGCCGCAUCCGACAACUUGGAGGACCAGUUUGACGAUGGAGAACUGCCUAUGGUGACUACGAGAGGAAAACGUAAGGCAAAAGCCGCUGGUCGUCCCCCCAAGAAAACCAUGUCGAUUCUGAAAGCGUCGGACUUGGACGUAUACAAAAGCAUGUUUGUUGUAAAACCGAAAAAUACUCAUGUAGCCGAAAUUCUUAAGAUGAACACACACCAAGCUCCGUUUUUACUUGCCCUGGGGACUAUGGCCGAUCUGCAGUUUGAUUCAUUUUUUAUCAUCAUUCAUAAGGUUGCCAUUCCAUGCGGUUCAAAAUUUUUGAAAGCCUUUGACUCAUUGACUAAGAUUUUCACCGUGUUGCCACUUCCGUUUCCAGUUGAAUCGUUUAACCAUUGGUUAUUUAUUUAUCACGGUGUAUUUGGUAAACCUUGCCAAUCAAAUCUUCCACCCGUUGUACAGGCGUUGAUUGGACAAAUUAUGCAGAAUAUUUAACUGUUUCAAAGCUUGUUUUACUGUUAAUAAUAUUUCAAACAUUUUUUGCUACACUGUAAUAUUAUUUUUAACCUACCUAUGAAAGUAAUUGAAUUGUAAAACUUAAUAGUUGUGAAAUAAUAAAUCGCACUCACACAAAUAAAUAUAUUUUUCCCCGUUU